AUGGACGCCGGCAAAGAAUCAGCAUCAGCGAUGGCGGCGGGGGCGGGGGUGGCAUCGGCGAUGGAGCUGGACUUGUCGCGCGGCGGCGUGGUGCCCAGCUUCGACUUCGCGUUCGAUUCGGCCACCUUCUCCGACAGGGUGCUGCGGAUAGAGAUCGGCACCGUCAGCCCCGCGCCGGGAUCUGGCGGAGGAUCCGCCGCCGACCAGGAGCGCCGCCGCGAAGAGGAAGGUGAGAAAGAACAGAGUGUUGACUCUUCAUCGAUGAUGGUGGGCAGACCACUUUUACGAGAAAAAAACAUGCAUAUCAAUUCAGCGAUUCUUGCUUCAAGAAGUCCUUUCUUUCUAAAGUUUUUCUCAAAUGGCAUGAAAGAAUCUGAUCAGACGAAUCCAACAAUUAGGAUUACUGAUUCAGGUAAGGAAAAUGCUUUUAUGGAGCUCUUAAGCUAUAUGUACAGUGGAAAGUUGACUAUAGCUGAGCCCACUCGUCUGCUCGGCAUCUUGAUGGCUGCAGAUAAGUUCGAGGUUCUUUCUUGCAUGAGGCAUUGUAGUCAGCUGCUCAUAAGCUUGCCUAUGACCACAGAAUCUGCACUGAUCUACAUAGACCAUCCUUGUUCCGUUUCAGUGGUCAAUGAAGUUUGGCCUUUCAUAGAUGCAGCCAAGGAAUUCCUUGCGAACAAAUACAAGGAUUUUUAUGAGUUUAAAAGCGAGCUGAUGAACAUUUCUCUUGCUGGGAUAAAAGCCAUAUUUUCAAGUACUGACGUACAAGUGGAAACUGAAGAUGACAUAUAUUACUUCAUGCUUGACUGGGCCCGUGCACGAUACGUAGAAUUGGAGGAAAGACGUAAGAUCUUGAGUUCUCGCUUACUUCCUCUGGAGAUAUUAGCAAGCACUGAUAAUGAUAUAGAUCGCGAGCAAGUAACUCAUCGUAUUGCUGAGGCACUUCUACCCAAGGCUUACCCAAAGCAGAUGGAAGGUGCUCUUGCAGCAGAGAUUAUAGUUUACUUGGAUCUAACACGCGAGGAGUGCUCUAAACUCUUCCCGUCUGGGCGUAUAUGCCCGCACCCAUUCCGGCUUCUAGGAUGGGGCUUUUAUCUGAUGGCAACCUGUGAAAUGGAUGAGCAGAGUAAGUUGUGCAGCUUUGGCCUCUGGUUAGGGGUCGCCAAAAAUAUGAAGGGAUCGUCAUGUUUCGAGGUAGAUUACGAGUUUGCUGCAAGGAAAAGAUCGUCAGGGCAGUUUGUGCGCAAGUUGGAGGGUAAGAUCUCCAUCGCUGAUGAGACACAUGGAUGCAGUGAUCUAUUUGGCAUUCCAUGGUCGACGUUCAUUGCCAACGACAACCUCUUCAUCAACGGCGUGCUACAUCUGAGAGCUGAUUUGACGGUGUUGCUGGGGCAGCCAAAACUGCAAGCUUGAUGAUAUCUCACUCAGCAGCAAAGUCAGGUCCAUCGGUUCAACUUCAAUGGGAUUUUAGCUGUAGGCUAGGCGUGUUG